AUGUUUGUCCUGUUUGGUCCUUUUUUGUGGCUCGCCGAAAUCCAUCGUUCCACCCUUCAACCUUUCCCGCAUUUCUUUCUUGCCCUCUCUCUACAGCAUAUUCAACCCCCCAAGCUCACAAUGCUUCUUCCCCGGGCCCUCCCCAGGCGAACCGGCCUCGUCCGGUUCCCCGGCAUCCGACAAAUCACUCUUCGCCGCACAAUGAUCCCCGCCCCAGGCCCGAACACGGGGCCACUCAUGGAGCGCCGCGCAGACCGCGAACUACCCACCAUCAACAACAGCAAGGGCUGGCUCAAGACGCUGCCAAUUUUCGUGGUAGCCGUCGGAGCAGCUAUGCUUGGCAUUUUCAAUUACCAGAAGUCCUCGUCGAGUGUGGUUAGCAGUACUCUGUACGCUUUGCGCACGUCGCCGCAGGCGCGUGAAAUCCUCGGCGAUGAAAUCUACUUUGCGCAGCAGAUUCCGUGGAUUAGUGGUGAAAUGAACCAGUUGCAUGGGCGCAUUGAUAUUUCUUUCUGGGUGAAGGGGACCAAGGGUCAGGGCAAGAUGCGGUUUAAGAGUAUUCGACCGGAUCGGAUGAGUUUCUUCCGCACUGAGGUAUGGAGUCUGGAGACCGAGGAUGGAACCGUGGUGCAGCUGCUGGAUAGCGACACCGAUCCGUUCCGCCAAGAGUAA